AUGGGUAACCAGGUGGUGAUCGCGAAGGCGGCGGCGGGCGUGGCGUCGGACUACUGGGUGCACGACCUGCCGCGCGGCGUGGUGCUCAAGGACGUGCUGGCGCCGGGCCGCUUCCUGAAGACGCUCGACUGCUUCCACCACGAGGGCCGCGUCAUCGUCAAAGUCUUCCUCAAACGCGCCGACCUCGCGCUCCCGCUGCAGGCCAGUCAUCCCCGCUGCCACUGGCAGUUCCGCGCGUACGAGCAGCAGCUGAAGGUCAUUCGCCACCGCCUCUCAGGCAUCGACAAGUCGCACGUCUGGCCCUUCCAGAAGUGGUACGAGACAGAGAGGGCGGCGUAUGUGCUGAGGCAGUACCUCUUCAGCACGCUGCACGACCGCCUCGGCACGCGCCCCUUCCUCGGCCUCACCUUCAAGAAGUGGAUCGCCUUCCAGAUCCUCAAGGCGUUGGACCAGGCGCACUCACGGGGGGUCUGCCAUGGCGAUCUGAAGGCGGACAACGUGUGUGUGACGGCGUGGAACUGGGUGUUUGUGGUGGACUGGGCGCCCUUCAAGCCCGUCCUCGUGCCCUCCGACAACCCCGCCAUCUUCUCCUUCUUCUUCGACACCGCCCCCUCCGGCCGCCGCCGCUGCUGCAUCGCCCCUGAGGUGCGCCCCCCCGUUGCCUUUCCCCCCACCCGCGCUGUUCCCCCCCACCCAAACCCAGGCUUGCUCCUUCCCCCUUUCCUCUCCUUCACGGAGAUGUUUUUAGACGGCGAUGUGCUCUUCGACCUCUCCUCGCUGCUCGCCUACGUGCACGGCUCCUACGACCCCUUCCCUCUCAUCGAUCGUAUCCCGUGCCCAUCAGUGCGAGCCCUGGUGGCGCACAUGGUGCAGAGGGACCCCGCACAGCGCCUGCCAGCAGCGGCGUACCUGACGGCGUUCAGCGACCCCCAGGGCGGUGCGCUCUUCCCCCAGCCCGCCUUUGACGCCCUGCACGACCACCUCUUCUGCCACCUGCCCUCCAUGGACGCUGAUGGCCGGAUCGCCCUCACCCGCCAGCUCUACCCGCGCCUGUCUCGCAUCAUCGCCUCCUCGCUGCAGGGGGGUGGGGAGGGGGAUGCCGAAGGGAAGGGGGUUGGGGAUGGGGCGGGCGGGAAGGGUAGUGGUGGAGAGGCAGAGAGGGGGGAGAGUGGAGUGUGGGGAAGUGGGGGUGGGGAGCAGGGGGGUGAAGAGGAGGUGGCAGUGGAAGGGGGCGUGGAGGGGAGUGGUGGAUUGAGUGGGGAUGAGCAGGGGCGUCGUUGUGAGCAGGUGACAAGCAGUGUGAGGGAGAAAGAUGAUGAGAGCCAGCAGGGCAGCAGCAGCAGCACCGCGUGUGAGAGUGACACAGGUGAUGGCACAGGCGCUGAUGGCGUGGGAACAGGCGACAUUAUUCUUGCCACUGAGAUAGGCGAGGGAGGUGGGAGAGUUGUGAGAGCUGAGAGUGCAACAAAACCUGGGAGAGGCAGCACAGGCACACGGGGUAGUGCGAGUGAGGGCAUGGGAGGCAACGUGGGCAACAGCGGCAGCGCCAUGGUGCUGCUGGUGGGGCUGCUCACUGCCUGUCUGCGCAACGCUCGCCUGCCGCACUCCCGCCGCCACUGCCUGCUGCUGCUGCACGCAGCAGCGCACCACUGCUCGCACGCGGUGUGUCUGCAGGCCGUGGCGCCCUUCCUCGUGGCCGUGCUGGCCUUGGACGGCCUCACCGCCACGCCUCUGCACGCCCUCGACACGCUCCUCCCCGGUGGGGCUGCCAGCCCGCCCCUCGUGCGCUGCACGGCGCUCACAGUGCUCACGCACCUGCUGGCGCGCGUGCGCUGCUUCCCCUCCACGGACGCGCGCUUCUUCCCCGAGUACCUCUUCCCCUCGCUCUCCCUGCUCCCCCGCUCGCCCGAUGAGAGUGUGCGCGCCACGCUCGCCCUCUGCCUGCCCUCACUCGCUGCCUCCGCCCUGCGCUUCCUGCUGCUCGCCGCGGGGGGAGCCACCUGCGCCACUGGGGGAAGCGAGGGGGAAUCCGGGCAGGGGGCGAGUGAGGGAGAGAGGAAAACCAGCGGUCCUUCAGGGGGGGAGUGGGGCGAUGGCGAUGACGACAGCAGCAGCGGCGUGCUGGGCUUGUCUCUAGCAACCUCCAGCCUGCCCCCAUCCCAGCGGGUCAGCAGCGGCGCCACGCUCACGGCGCUCAAGGCGUUGGCAGCAGCAGCAGAGUGCCUGCCAGAGCAGCACAUGGGCGAGGUAGCGGAGGUGAGGGAGGCGGUGCGAGUGGCGGUGGAGGAGCUCUCCACGCUGCCCCGCAGCACCCCGCCCAUCCGCCUCUCCCUGCUAAGCCACGCCCCCUCCCUCGCUGUCUUCCUCGGCCCCCCCCUCGCCACCACCGCGCUGCUCCCCCUGCUCAUCACCUUCCUCAACGACCCCUCCCCCCGCGUGCGCUCUGCCUUCUUCCACACGCUGCCCGCGCUCUGCCCCCAUGUGGCCCCCUCCGCCCUGCCCGCCUUCCUCCUGCCCUGCCUUGAGCAAGCCCUGGGGGACACCUCUCACCCGUCCGUGCCGGUUGCUGCUGCCGCGUGCCUGGCCCAGCUCGCGCGCUCCCAGCGCCUGCAGCAGCGGCGGUGGCUGCUGUCAGCAGCGCGGCAUGCAGCGCCGCUGCUGAGGCACCCUGAAAGGGACGUGAGGGGCGCUGCUGUGGCGUUUGCAGCGGCUGCUGCGGGUCAGCUGUCGGCAGUUGACGCCCACGCGCUGCUGCUGCCGCUGCUCUCCCCCUCCCUGCGCUACUGCCCUGCGCUGCUCACCUCCCCCGCCUCGCUUGCUGCUGCGCUCAAGGCACCCCUGUCAACCCACCCUGCUGCCCUGCCCCACCCACCCCUCCCAGCCCAAGCAGGUGUGGCAUCCUGGCAGAUGAAUGCAGGGCAAGCAGCGCCCCACCUCCACGUGCCGCUUGCACUCUCACCUGCUGCUGCACGUGAAACGGAGGCUGGCCGUGCUCCUGCAGGUGCGGGUGUGGGUGAGCAUGGCAGCAAGAGAGGAGUUGGUGCAAUGGGCGGCGAGGAAGAGCAAGGUGGAGACAUGGGAGCAGGGGGCCGGGGGGAAGGAGGCGCAGCAGACAUGCAAGGGAAGCGGUUGGUGUGGCAGGAGGAGGGGAUGGACGUGGCGUUGGUAGGGCGAGCGGCAGCAGCGCAGCACGUGGCAUCGUCGACACUCGCACACUCCCUCUCCAUGCAAUAUGCUGUGCCCCCCGCACAGGGAGCAGCAGCAGCAGCGCCAUACCCGGCCAUGUCUUCCGCACUUGCCAGCAUGCGCACAGACACGGGGCAGCCCUGGCCGCCCUUCCCCUCCACUGUUCCAUGGCCCGCCACCUCCCACUGGCCUGCUUCCACCGCUCACUGGCCCUCCACACCCCUCCACACUCCCCUGCUUGCCUCUGCAUCCCACUCUCUCCUCGUCCCCCCUCUCCCCCCUCUCCACCCCUCCAUCUCCCCGCUCCACCCUGUUCAAUUCCCAUCCCCUCGCCCCGCGUCCUCCCCCCUCUCGCUCUCCUUGUCCUUCCACCGCCCCCCUCCUCCCCUCACCACCCACCCGCCCUCCUCUCUCACCUCCUCCACCACUCACCAACCCCUUUCCACACACUCUCUCGCUCCCAUCCACCUCCCCCUUGCUCCCUCUCUCCCGUCUCUCCCCUCUCCCUCGUCGUACCCCUCGCCCCACUCCCCAUCGGCCUCCUUCUCUCUCGCCCCUGCCAGCCCACACGCACAGUCGCACCCAGCAUUGGACCUGCCAGCCCUCGCGGUGCCUCUUUAUUCACUCGCCCACCCCGCCUCCGCCCUGCCCACUGCAGCCUCCACCUCCGCGCUUCCCUCUACCACCCUCUCUCCGCCCUCACUGCCUCGCCCCCCUUCAGCACUCUCACCCUCCGCCUCACCCACUGCCCCUCUUGCCACUGCUGCUGUCACUGCGGCUGCUGCAGCCUGUGCAGGCGGCACAGGGCAAGCCACUCUAGACACGCUGGCAGCCGCAGAAGCUACCAGUGCUGCUGCUGCUGCUGCCCCACUGCCUGCGCCUGCCUCACCAUCUGUUCCUGCUGCCGCCACCAGCGUCUCUUCCUCCUGCUCUCAUGCCACAUCUCUGCCUGCUCAAGCACCCACCAAUCCCGUUGUGGGGGCAUGCGAGCAGUCCCUCGCUGCUGCUGCUGCUGCGCGCUCCACUCACCCACCUGCACCUCACCUCUCAUCGCCCGCUCAUCUCCCCUUUGCCUUUGACUUGCUUGACGACCUCCCCUCUCCCCCGCCCACCUCCUCCCCUCUCCCCACUUCCCACUCUGCCUCCCAUCUGUCCCUCCCACCACCCAUCACUCCGAUUUCCGCCACCACACCCACCAGCACCCCAACGUGCUUCCCACCCCCUAACGCCCUCCCUCCUGACACAGCCCCUCUCCUCCCCCACACACUGCGCGGCCCCCCUCCCGCCCCUCCGCCCCCCGCGCCGGUGUCGCACUCACUAGUGUUCCUGGGAACCACGCAGCCCCACACGCGCAUCUCCUCCCUCUCCCUCUCCCUCUCCCUCCGCUCCUCCCGCCGCCCCCCCUCCUCCUCCGCCCUCCCUCCCUCCGCCUCCCCGACUCCUCAUACCCUCCCCCCUGCCAUGCCUGCUGCAGGAACUGCCAGCAUGCGUGCAGCAGAGGCUCGGCAGGGAGGCAGAGCAGAGGGCGGGAUCAACAGACGUGUGUGUGCGGCAGGCAGGGAGGGUCACACGGCGCUACUGGAGAGGCCGAGGACGUUAGCUGGUGGUGUUGCUGCACACGAGGUGCCAGCGCGUGCAGCAAGUCACGCUCAAUCAUCUGUGGCUGAUCGCAGUGCCGCCCAUGUCAAUGCCACGUCAUCUGCCACGUCUGCAUCUCCACAUCUCGUGGAACCAGGUGGGGUGCGUGCGGGGACCACGGGACAUGCACAGCUGCCAGCAGCAGCACAGUUAGCACCGCCAUCAGCAGCGGGUCAGCCAGCAGGGGCAGAGGCCGAGGAGACCAGGGAGCGAAGAGCAGCAGCAGUGAGCGAGGAGGUGCAGAGGCUGCUGGGGUGGGGCAGUGCGGACGACGGUGCAGCCAUGGCGCUGCCCCCCGCCUCGCCCUCACCACUCUCCACCACAGCAGCAGCAGCAGCAUGGCGGCCACGCGGAGUGCUGGUGGCGCAGCUCCAUGAGCACCGCGCCGCCGUGCCCGCGCUGGCAGUGGCGCCCAACAGCCAGUGGUUCGCAUCGGCCUCACAUGACGGCACUGUAAAGGUGUGGGAUGCCACUCGCCUCGACCGCGGCACUGCCUUCCGCUCCAAGCUCACCUAUGCGUCGGGGGGAGCAGCAGCGGGAGGGGCAGGCCGGGCGACAGCUGUGGCAGUGAUGGGGGACAGUGCGACGGCGGCAGUGGGGUACGCGAGUGGGGAAGUGCACGUGGUGCACGUGGACUAUGCGCCGCGCUUCCUCUCCUCGCCCGACUCCUACCGCUGCAUCACCCGCAUGCCCUCCCUCGAGCCCUCCUCCUCCUCCAACCACGGGCCAGGUGCCUCAGGAGGCGCGAUCCUCUCGGUGCACUCAUGGGCCGCCUCCCACCUGGCCGCCACGCAGUCUCCCCUCUCCGCUUCCUCCUCCUCGCUCUUCGCUUCCAACCCCCUCUCCUCCUCCCACUCACUCCUCCUCGUUGCCUCACUGCACGGCGGCAUCACCCUGUGGGACAUGAGAGCCGCCCGCCCUGCCUUCUCGCUGCACCUGCACGCGUCGCUAGGAGCGCCCACCCACGUGCUGCCCGACCCGCAGCACGGCCUGUGGCUGCUGGCCGCCUCCUCCUGCUCCGCGCUCUGCCUCUGGGACCUGCGCUUCCUGCUUCCCCUCUCCUCCUGGCGCCUCCCCUCCGCCCCCUCCGCGCCCCACCCGCCCCCCAUCACUGCGCUGGCGCCCAUGCUGCCAGCGGCCUUCCCCCCCGCAGGGGACGCCAUGGGGGCAGCGGCAGCAGGGGGACCGGAGCACCUGCCAGGGUGGUUUGAGGCGGACCGGGGGAGGGGAGGCAAGGGGGGAGGGGCAGUGGGAGCGGCAGGGGGUGGGGCAGCAGGAGCGGGUGCAGCAGGAGCAGUAGGGGGGGCGUCGCGGCCUCUGGUGUAUGUGGCAAGUGGCAGGGACGAGGUUGGGCUGUGGAGUGCAGACACGGGGCAGUGCCACCAGGUCUUCUCCGUGGCCCCCCAGCCCUCCUCCAACACCGCUUCCCCACCCUCCCUGCCCUCGCCCUCCAACCUCCCCACCGCUCUGCAAUCCCGCGCACACCUGCUGCCACUGCCGCCCUUCUCCACCACCACCACCACGCCCUCCGGCCACACGCUCUCCUCCUCGCCCUGCUUGCCCAACGGCCCUCUGCCCCAGUCAACGCAGUCAACACAGUCAAGCGGGGCAAGUGGGACAAGGCAGGGAAGGCAGUCAGCGCUGCGGGUGGAGCAGCUGAAGGAGCCACCGGGCAGGGCGGGGGGGGUGAGGGCGCUGCUGGGAGUGCCAGGGGGCAGUGCGCUGCUCACAGCCGGCACUGACUGCUGCAUCCGCUACUGGUGCCGCCUCAGGCCGGAGCAGAGUGGGUGGGUGAGCGGGCCCACAGCCAGGGGGGCGCGGGGAGAGGUGCUGCACCCGCGCUACGACAUGCGCAUCGUGCAUGGCGCGAGAGUCAUUCAGGAGACACCGCCCCCCUUCUACGUGGACGCGACGCGCCAGCGAGGCAGCGGUACGGGCGCCUCCACUGCAGAGGCAGGCGGGCGGGCAGGAGCAGGCAGUCAGGGGCACGCAGAUACAGGCCCGGGCGGGGCAGCUGGAGGAGGUGGAGGGGCAGGGGGAGGGGGGCGGCGCAGCAUGGUGGAGGUGGCGGCGGUGGAUGUGGGGGGGUGCCACCGCGAUGCCGUGCUGGCACUGGCCGUGGCGGACCCGGGGCAGCGCCUGCUGCUCUCCGCCAGUCGUGACGGUGUCGUCAACGUCUGGCGCUAA